AUGAUAAUCCGAAGUGAAAGUCUCGAUGGCCUUGAUAAAUAUACCUAUACAUUACAGUUUGAGCCAUUUCGACUAGAAUAAAGCAUUGUCAAUCCCAAGGAUACCUUAAUGUUUGAAGAUUAUCAAAGUCUAAUGAACAAUCACUAAAAUAUAGAUAUUGCUUCAAAUUUAGAUAAACAAUGCCUUAUUCCCUUUGUAUAGGAAUAAACUUAGUAUGAAGAUGGUGUUGAAGUCUUUGGUGACUAUAAUUAAGAAAAUGAUAAAAAUGAAUGGGCUAGGAAACUUUUUACAUAAAAGUUUGAGCCAGAAUACUAAGAAAAUAGAUAUAAAAGAGAAAGUUUUAUGAUUGGAUUUUACAUGAAUUCUGAGCAUCUAUUUGGGUUGCCAGAAAGGACAUCGAAAUUCUUGCUUUAAACUACUGAGAAAACAGAUCCCUAUAGACUAUACAAUGUUGACAAAUUUCCACAUGAAGAGUGGAAAAUGGAUAGUCUAUAUAGUAGUCUACCAUAUAUUACAGGUCAUAGUAAAACACAUGAUCAAUCAAUCGUAUAUUAUAGCUCAUCUGAAACCUGGGUUGAUAUUUUACAAUGCAAAGACCCCUCAGGUGAGGAACUUAAAACUGGGAGAUUUGUUAAUUUUAUUACUGAAAGUGGGCAACUUGAAUUCUUCAUAAUCGGAUCAAGCUAAUCUGAUUCACAUGUUAGUUCACCUAAAAGAGUUUCAAUUCUUCUGUCCACUAUCACUGGUUUUAUAAAUUAACCUCCUCUAUUUUCACUUGGAUAUCACUAUUCAAAAUGGGAAGCUGAGACUUCAGCUUAGAGACUCCUUGAGUUUUCAAAUAGAUUCUAAUAGGAAAAUAUUCCAGUAGAUGUGCUCUGGGCUGAUCUGCCCUAUGCAAAUGAAAAAAUGUACUUUACUUUCCAUCCAGACAGAUUUAACGAGCACGAUUUCGACACUCUAAAAUAAGAAUUAAAAGAUAAGAAUAGAAAACUGGUGCUUUUGACUGAUCCACAUAUCUUUGCACAGACAGAUUAUCAUGUUUACUAAAAUGGAUUAUUGAAAGAGGCUGAACUAAAUAAAGACUAAAAUAAUAUUGAUCAGAUUUUUGUCAGUAAUAAAGAUCUUUCUUUAUUUCAGGGAGAGUGUUGGCCUGGGUAGAGUGUUUGGAUUGAUUUCUUUAACUCUUAAGCGUAAAAAUUCUGGGGAGAGUAAUACUCAUAUGAUCAAUUUAGGGGCACAGAUUCAAAUGUGCAUAUUUGGUUUGACAUGAACGAACCAUCUGUAUUUGAUGGAGAAGAGGGUACUCUACCAAAAAAUAGUAUACAUCUUCUGGGUAAUUCUACUGCUGCUUUUCAUAGAGAUGUUCAUAAUGCUUACGGAUUAAUGGGAGCGAAAGCAACGUAUGAUGGAUUAAUAGAUAGAGAUCAUGGAGUAUAAAGACCAUUUAUUCUCUCAAGAUCUAUAUUCUUCGGAGCUUAAAAGUACGCUGCCAAAUGGACAGGUGAUAAUUAAGCUAACAAUGAGGAACUUUCUUCAUCAAUCUCAUAGAUUCUAAACUUAGGAAUUUCAGGUGUUCCAUUUGUUGGAGCAGAUAUUCCUGGAUUCUUUGGAGAUGCUGAUAAUGAUCUAUAUUUGAGAUUCUAUCAGCUUGGAGUUUGGUUUCCUUUCUUCAGGGCUCAUGGACAUAUAGACAACAAUAAUCGUGAGCCUUUUAAUUAGCCAGAUGAUAUCAGAGAGAGUGUUUACGAAACUAUUAGGAUGAGAUACGAUUUUAUUGUCUACCUUUACACAGUAUUCCAUCAAUCAAAAUAGUACGGUUAUCCAGUAAUGAGACCAAUGUGGUUUGAAUACCCUCAAGAUAAUUAAACUUUCGAACUUUAAGAUCAAUUCAUGAUUGGUGAUUCAAUUCUGAUAACUCCCAAAUUGAAUCAGGUUGAAUGUUCUUAUGAAGAAGUUGAUGGUUAGUAUCUUUAGAAGUAAGUAUACUUAGUCGAUCAGUAUUUUCCAAGCUCAACCACAUGGUACGACUACUAAACCAAAGCUAUUAUAAAAGGUGAUGGAAGUUUAAAUACUAUUAAAAUGCAGUAAAAAGAUCUUGGCAUCUAUAUAAAGGCAGGAAGUAUAAUUCCAAUGAGAAUAAAUACCAAUAAAUUUACUUCUGCAACCAGUGUCUAGAAUAAUAAUAUCAAGUUAGAGAUUUAUCUAGACGACAGGCAGUAGGCUACAGGAUAUCUGUACCUUGAUGAUGGUGAAACAUUUAAGUAUAGAGAUUGGAAAGAAUAUUCCUAUGUUAAAUAUGAGUACAAAGAAAAUGCCUUGUCUCUUGAGAUUCUUGACAAAUAAAGUUGCUAUCCUGAAUCUAGUAGAAUACAUAUUGAAGAAGUAAUAAUUUAUGGGUUUCAUCAUAAAGGCAAACAUCAUGUCUAUUACUAGUAAAUAAUUUCUGAAAACAAGCAAUUUAAAGAUUGCUCACCGCAUCAUUUUCAUUUUAAUGGUGACUCGAAAUUCUCUGUCAAUGUCAAAAAUGAGGUAGAACCUGUUAAGAUAAGCGGAGACAUCAUACAUAUUUAAAAACUGAGUAUCCCAAUCGAUGAUAUCUGUAGAACACAUAGAAAAACAAACAAUAAUAAAAUUUAAACUCUGCUUUUGAUAAAACAAUGA